AUGAAAGCAGGAAAUAAUGUUGGGAAUAUUGUUACUAUCAACAACAAUAACAACAAUGCGUCACAAGGUAAAAAAGAAUCUUAUUUUUCAGAAAUUAAAAAAAGCGAAAUAGGUUUAUUAAAAAUGAAUUUAUCAAAUGCUGUAAACGAAAGAGAUGCCGAAAAAAUUAAAGAAAUCUUACAAAGAAUUAUUUAUUUUAUGACCAUUGGUAUGGAUGUCUCUGCAUUAUUCCCUGAUGUAAUUAUGGUGGGAAGUAGUAAUAAUAUAGUUAUAAAGAAAUUGGUUUAUCUUUAUAUUGUUCACUAUUCAAAAAGCAAUCCAGAUUUAUUAUUACUUGUUAUUAAUACAAUUAGAAGGGAUUGUACAGAUAGAAACCCGAUUAUCAGGGGUUUAGCACUUAGAAGCUUAUGCUCACUAGACUCUGAAACCAUUUUAGAAUAUGCAAAUGUUGAAAUUGGUAAACAUUUAACCGAUUUCUCAGGCUAUGUUAGAAAAACAGCAUUAUUGGGUUUAGCAAAACUUUAUCACCUUUCACCAAAAAGCUUUGAUUUAGAUACAUUUAUUCCAAGUAUUUAUGGUAUGAUUAUGGAUCAAGAUCCUCAAGUUAUUGUAAAUGCUAUAUCUGCAUUGAAUGAAAUUAGACCAGGUUGGACAUUCACUUUCGACUUAGUGCAACAUCUAAUGAGCAAAUUUAAAGAAUUUAAUGAAUGGUCUCAAUGCAUUAUUUUAGAUUGUUUAUCAAGAUACAAGCCAUCAAACGAAGAAGAAGGUUUAGAAAUUUUAAAUUUAUUAGAUGAUAGAUUAAGUCAUUCAAAUAGUGCAGUAACAUUAUCAACAAUUAAAAUAUUUUUAAAAUACACAGAUGAUUUAGAAGAAAUUCAAGAACAAGUUUAUGAAAGAAUUAAAGAACCUUUAAUUACAUUAAUGGAAAACUCUGAAUCAAACGAAACAUCCUAUACAAUUUUAAAUCAUAUUUAUCUUUUAAUGAGCAGAUCACCAAAACUAUUCAACAAAUACUAUAAGCAAUUCUAUUGUAAAUACAACGACCCAAUGUACAUAAAAACCUUAAAAGUUAAAGUAUUGCAAGAGAUAGCUGCCAAUCAAACCUACAUUGAAGCCAUUGACGAAAUUGUAACAGAACUCAGCGAAUACCUCCAUGAAGAUCACUCAUUGUGUAAACAAGCAAUGAAUGCAAUUACAGAUAUAGCCCAAAAGCAUAAAAAGAACCAAGAGAAAUAUCCAAUUGACAAGCACAUUUUAGAAAGAAUCUUUUUACCAUUCUUAAAAACCACAAUCGAUACAAGUGGUGGUGAUGGGGUCGGUGAUCAUUCUGGAUUUAUAAAUGAAACUAUUUUAUCGUAUAGUUUAAUUUGUUUAAAGGAUUUCCUUAGAGUUUACCCAAAACAUCUCAACAAUGUCUUGCCAUAUAUCACAUCAAGUUUACUUCAAUAUACACUUCCUCCACAAGCCAACGAAUCAAUUCUUUGGAUGCUUGGUGAAGAACCAAAUGUGCAAGAGGACACACCAUACAUUAUUGAAGAAUUCUUUAAAGACCACUUUGAUCAGCAACCAACUUUUAUUAAAAUUCAGCUUUUAACCACAUCUUUAAAAGUAUUUUUUGAAAGACCAGGAGAAAUGUUACCAAUUAUUAGAGAUAUUAUUACAAAAUGCUCAAAUCUUUCUCAAGACCCAGAUCUUCAUGAAAUCUCUUUAUUUUAUAGUCGUAUAUUAUUAUUAGACGUAGAAAAAGCCUCAUCCAUUAUAAACGCCUCAAAAAAUCAACCAAUCAAUUCAUUUUUAGAAGAUGAAACAAACGAAUAUCGUGAUAAAAUUUUUGAUGAAUUUAAUACUCUUUCUGUAUUAUAUUGUAAACCAUCCUUAAUUUUUAUUAAAAGUAAAGAAGAAGUUGAAAAUGAAAAAAAUCAAAUUAUAGAAAAUCAAAAAAAUUAUUUAUUAUCAAUUACAAACGGCAAUAAUAAUAAUAAUAAUAACAACAAUAAUAAUAAUAACAAUCAACAAUCAACAACAAAUAAUAGCGAUAGUAAAUCAAUUAUUAAACAAAUUGAAUCCUCACCUUCAAACUUAAUUGAUACAUUUAUGUUAGAACAAAGACCAGAAUUAUCACCAGACGAAUUCCAAUCAUUAUGGCUCUCAUUAGAAGAUGGCCAUAAUUUCGAUAUUCAAUUAGAUAGAUUUAUUGAUAACAGCGAGAUCGAAUCAGUAAUGUCAAAAGAAGGUAUAUUAUGUUUAGCUUUUGGUAGUGUUAAUGAUCAAACAAAACUUUAUUACUAUGCACGUCAAAAUAUAGUAGAUGACCCAUUACAAGAACAAAAUCAAACUAAUGGCACACCAGUAUUCAUUAUAGAAAUCAUAAUUGAUGAAAAGUCAUUGCUAAUGAGCAUACUAUUUAAAUCACCUCUAUUAAAAACUUUACACACCAAAUUCAUUCCUAAAUUCCUUUCACUCUUAUCAAUCCCGAUUCCAAAAAUUUUUAAUUAAUAAAAAAUAUUAAAAUAAAUUUUUUUAAAAU